GAUUCUUCUGGAUGCAGCAAUGUCUUAUAAUCUCCAGGUCCUGGCUCCUGUUCUUGAGCAGAUAGAAAAAGAAGCAUAUAGUUGAGCACACAAGCAAAACUAGCUAUCAGCAAUAUGCCCGCCAAAUUUGUACCUUCAUUUCUCUGCAUAAUCCUCAUUUGUUCCAUUGUCGACACUAUAGCACUCGGCAUCAACAGAGGAAGAGGCGUAAGCAAAAGCUGCAAGAAUGAAAUUCACAGAAACAAGAAGUUACCCAUUCCACUGGAGUGUCCAAAAUUGAGUGUUCCUCAUCCACCAUCGCCACCUCUACCUCUCAUAACAGAAAUCUUGGAAUUUGCUGAUCAAAGGCUGGCUGUGGUGUACCCAAUCGUCCAAAAGUUCAAGUCUUUGAUCACUUCAGAUCCUCUUGGAAUCACUAAAACCUGGGUUGGCUCAGAUUUAUGCAGCUACAAAGGCUUCUUCUGCGAUAACCCACCAGACAACAAGUCUGCAUUAGCUGUUGCUUCUAUAGACUUCAAUGGAUUUCAACUUUCUGCUCCUACUCUCGACGGAUUCCUUGAUCAGCUUCCUGAUCUUGCACUCUUUCAUGCAAAUUCUAACUUCUUUCAAGGUAUUAUCUCGCCGAAUAUUGCUAAGCUCCCAUAUCUCUACGAGCUUGACAUAAGCAACAACCUAUUCUCUGGUCCAUUUCCGUCGGCGGUUCUUGGCAUGAAUGGUCUAACAUUCUUGGAUAUUAGGUUCAAUUUCUUUUCUGGGUCAGUACCACCUCAGUUAUUUACACAACCCCUCGACGCUCUGUUUCUCAACGACAACAACUUCAUGACACGGUUGCCUGACAAAUUGGGAAGCACACAUAUACUUUAUCUCACCUUAGCCGACAACAAAUUCACUGGUCCACUCCCAGGAGGCAUUUUCGAAGCGUUUUCGUCUCUAACUGAAGUCAUACUCUUAAACAAUCAGCUAACAGGUUGCUUGCCUUACGAGAUAGGGCUUCUAAAAGAGGCCAUAGUGUUUGAUGCUGGCAACAAUCAGUUAACUGGUCCAUUACCCUUAUCUCUGGCUUGUCUAGAGAAGGUGGAGCAGCUAAGUUUUGACGGUAAUCGGUUGUUUGGUAUGGUUCCGGAGUUGGUCUGCGAGAUGGAAAACUUGGUGAACUUGUCUUUGGCUAAUAAUUAUUUUACAAUGGUUGGGCCUUUGUGUAGGAUUUUAAUUGAGAAAGGAGUGCUUGACGUUAGAAACAAUUGUAUUCCUGAUCUUCCCUUCCAGAGAUCGGUGGUGGAAUGUGCCAAUUUCUUUGCACAUAGCAAGUUAUGCCCCGACAUGUGGUCUUACACUUAUGUUCCUUGUCAGCCUCCUUUUGUUUCUGGUUCUGUGAUUCCUGAAAUGGCUUCUUCACCUUGACUCGUGUGUUGGAUUCUUUUAUAAGAUUUUGUUUGCUUGUUUCGUUAUGCAGUUUCAUGCUCAAAUUAGAGAAAAUGCAAGGAAAAGGCAUUGGCAUUA